UUUGCCAAAUCAAAUUUUCAUUUUUAAUUUAUUGCUCGUUUUUUUAGUAAAAAGCAUUAAAAACAGUGAUAUAAUUAAGUGAAGUUAAGGCAAUUGUUAUUUUAAGCAAUGCAAUAUUUUCAACUCGCAUUCUUUUUAUGAAACAGUUGUAAAUUAAUGGAGAUGUAACAUUCCGCACUUGAAAAUCAGAUUGUUUUUAAAUUAUUGUCAAGGAAACGCCGGUUAAAUUCACACUUGAAAUUUCAACAUGGCGAGUAAUAAUUGGAUAUUUUCAUUUAUUAUCGUUUUUGGUUUCUGUACCUUUUCGAGUUACGUAGAAGGACAAAACUCAGUUGUAGAAUUGAAUGAGGAUAACUGGACUGAUAUGUUGAAGCGGGAGUGGAUGGUCGAAUUCUAUGCUCCAUGGUGCCCUGCUUGCAAAGCAUUAGAGGGGAUUUGGAAAGAAUUUGCUCAACAUUCUUCUGGUUUGGGCAUUAAAGUAGGAAAGGUAGAUGUUAUAACAAGUCCUGGACUGAGUGGUCGUUUUAUGGUAACUGCACUUCCGACUAUUUUCCAUGUAUUGAAUGGGGAAUUUAGACAAUACAAAGGUUCUAGGGAUAGGGAAUCUUUAAUGACUUUUAUUGAAGAAAGAAAAUGGCAACAAGUUGAUCCUGUACCAGGAUGGAAAUCGCCAAACUCUCUUCAAAUGUCUGUUGUUUCUUCGUUCUUCAAAUUGUCCCAAAAUUUGAGAGAUCUCCAUAAUAAAAUGACAGAAGACUUUGGACUUCCAACUUGGGGUUCAUAUUUAAUAUUUGCAAUUGCAACUAUUUUGAUGGGUGCUCUUUUGGGAUUGGUUCUUGUCUGUUUACUUGAUCUGAUCUAUCCCCCAAAACACACAAGUGUUCAGUCUAGUGUUCCUACAAAAACACAGAAAAAAAAGGAUUCUGAUGAUGAACUGGCUGAUGAAGACAUCAGAGAUGAUCUUGUUGAUGAUGCUAGUCAGUCGGAAGGAGAGAAACAAACAGAUUCUGAAUCUGAUCAGGACUAUAAAACUCAAUCACCUAAUAAAAUGAAGAAGAGGAGACCAAGGAGGGCAGAUUAAAGUAUAAGUAGUUCAUGCACAAAUAUACAUGAACUUGACUUGACAAGUUUGAUAGUGAUUUCAUUUUUGCUCCUUCAUUUUUUGUAAUAGUCAUAAAAUAAAUAAUUUAUUAACGUUUUCUUAUUGAAACUAGUGAUGUUUAUGCUGCAUAUUUGUUAAUAUAUUACUCUUUUGAUAACACAUAAAGUUUUAAGAGAACUGUAUAAUUCAAUUUCUUAAUUCUUAUUGUUUUGGUUUUCUAUUUUUCAACAUUUUUCAAAGAAAAUAUUUUAUUUCUUUGAAUUCGAUUGUGGCGUAUUGAAUCAUACUUAAAUGAUGAAAAUAUUGUAACUUGAGUCAACACAAGUAACAUUAGUAACAAUAAAAAAUAUCUUAAACUUUCCAAUUUUCUGGACAUACAGUGUUGAGUUACGUUCUAGGAGUCCACAUGAAAUAUUAAAUUUCUCAGACUGCAAAUAAUCUGAAAGCUUUUCAAUUCAUGCUUGUUGCAAUAUGUUACCAAAAAAAUGAUGAAAAUUCAUAAGUUUGAAGUGCGACAAUUAUAAGAGAAAAAUAUUGUUCAAGACCAGAUAAUUAUUUGAAUUCCUACAGAAUUUACUUCAUUCAUAAAUAGUUCAGGAUUAAUUUAUUCUUAGUAUCCUAACAAAUUUAAAAAAAGUAUUCCGAAAAGAUCUUGUUAAUCUGAAGUCCAAACUUAUUAAUAUGAAAUUAUUUGUAGGUAUAUUCAUUCCAAAUGGUUGUGUAUAAACAAUAUUCUAAAGUUGUAAAUUUUGUAUAUUUAAAUAUUUUUCAUAUUUUCAAUAAAUGAGAUUAAGAAGUA